CGCAGGAAAAACAAGACAUUAAUUUUGAUAAAAGUUGAAUGCAGUAUCAAACUGUCUCCAAAGCAAUUGUGCUGACAGAAAGCUAAAAAUAAGACAUUCAAUGGAACUUUUAUUGCAUUUUUGUUCAAAACAGUAGUAGCUCUCUUCAACAGAGUACUAUUUUGUAUCGAUUCACAACAAAUUGAUCCGACAAAAUCAGUGCUGUAAAUGGGACAGAAACCUGAACAAUUUCUGUUUGUGGCUUGGCUUGUCGACCGCCUAGAAAAAAUUGUUUUCCUUAGAAAUUUAUUGUGAGCUCCUCCUUUUUAACCGUCGAUACAUUUACAAUGGAGAACUCUGAAGGCCAGAUUAUUGAUCUUUACAUCCCUCGCAAGUGCUCUGCUACCAACCGCCUCAUCACUGCUAAGGAUCACGCUUCUGUUCAAAUCAACAUUGCCGAUGUCGAUGCUGAAGGUCGCGCUGCCAACACUUUCUCCACCUAUGCUUUCUGUGGUUUCCUCCGCAAGGAAGCUGAAUCUGACGAUUCCCUCAACCGUCUCGCUCAACAAGAUGGCUAUUUGAAGAAUGUCUUCUCUUACCAACAAUAAACUGUUGGCAACUUCGUCAUUAGUUAUAGUCAAUUCUAUUAUACAUCAAUAAACGCUCACGACUCGCAUGUUAAUAUCAUU